AUGCUUCUGGAGCGCGGAGACAGCUUCAUGUCGGAGUUUGAGGACGCGUGCAGCGCCUGGGUGGACAGCGUGGGGUCCAGCCCCAGCGACGGAGCCGAGUCUGACGUGGGAUCUCCCUUCUGCCAAGUCUUCUCUCCGGGAACAGACGCCUCAGACUCGGAUUUCUUCUCCGAUUUCAGCGACUGCUCCUCCGACGCUCUCUCCCCCUCCCUCGGCUACGCCGCCGGCGGCUUCUUCUUCCCUUCCGAGCCGCCGAAGGAGGCAUCAUCAUCAUCGUCAUCCGCUGAUCUGCUGAGCCUCCCUCCUCCUCCUCCUCCUCCUCUUCCUCUUCCUCUUCCUCCCGCCUCCGUCUCCCAGCCCGCCGCCGCUGUUGUGGUUAAAAGCGAGUUCGCCGCGAGCUCAAGCUGCGGCAGCGGCUGUGGACACUCAGCGUUGGCCGGGAGCUACGCGGCUGUCAACGCAAACCAAGCCGGCGGAGACCCUCAGCUGCCGCUGGCUGAUGUGUCCGACUUCAUCGAGUCUCUGCUGGGCUGCGACGCCAACGCCAACGCCAACGCCAACGCCAACGCCAACGCCAACGCCAAUGCCAACGCCGGCGGCGUGUGCGAGAUGAAGCACGAGGUGAAGCAGGAGCCCCUGGGGCUCGAGGAUUGGCUGAAAAGCUUGGUGGGGGGAGACCAAGGCGGCUACGUCAUCGGCUGGCCGGCAGGAGCGGCGAGCGUGAAGACGGAGUCGGCGGCGAGCGCGGGCGGCCUCCACUUCUCCUCCCCGCCGUCGGCGCUCUCCUUCCCGUCCACGGUGGAUGCCCACCUGCUGUCCACGCUGCUCCAGGGAGCCUUCUCGCCGGUCAACCUGGCGGCCGGAGGAGCCCCCAAAACGUCACGCGGCGGAGCCGCCGCCCGGAGGAGCCCCCAAACCGCCAAAGCCGCCGCCGGGCCGAAAGCGAAGCCCUUCCCGUGCUCGGUGCAGGGCUGCGAGCGGCGAUUCUCGCGCUCCGACGAGCUCAACCGCCACGUGCGCAUCCACACGGGCCAGAAGCCCUUCCAGUGCGCCGUGUGCGCGCGCAGCUUCAGCCGCAGCGAUCACCUGACCACGCACACGCGCACGCACACCGGCGAGAAGCCGUUCUCCUGCGACGUGUGCGGGAAGCGAUUCGCGCGCAGCGACGAGCGCAAGAGGCACGGCCGCGUGCACGUGAAGCAGCAGCUGCGAGCGCAGAUGAUGGCCGCCUACUCGCUGGCUCUCAACGCGCCCGCUGGCGUGUAGUUAAAAAACAAACAAAACAAUCUACUAACGACAACAUCACGUUUGUUUUCAUUGGAGGAAAAAAAGAAAAGCUUCUCCACGUGACGUCACGCUGAAGGCUUGUUCGAAGCUUCCUGAGGACUUUAACCGGCUGGGUAACGGGCUUCUCUCACGGGCGCACGCCUGAGAGUACGCGUCCACCGCCUGCAGGAUAAAGAUGAUUGUGUGUGAGAGAGAGAGAAGUGGAUCUUAAGACUCUCUGACUGUGUUCAGGUCUGACCCGUUACAGGGGUGGGGGUCUGGACUUUAAAAGGCCGCUUAUUAAAAAGGGAAAUGUUGGUAUUUUUCAACCUGGACUCUGUUUUUCCCCAUGUUUUACCUGUUAUGGUGCCAAACUACACCAGACUCCAUGUAAAUAAUCAGGACUUUUAGCAUCG